UAGGCGGGGGAGGAGGAGGAGCGAACCGGGCUUGGGGGGCGGCUGCACAGUCUGCGGGAUCCCCAGGCCUGGAGGGGGGUCUGCGCGCGGCCGGCUGGCUCUACCCCCGCGUCCGGUCCCGAGCGGGCCUCCCUCGGGCCAGCCCGAUGUGACCGGGCCCAGAGCAGCCUGAGCAAGGAGCGGGUCCGUCGCGGAGCCGGAGGGCGGGAGGAACAUGACAUCGCGGAGAUGGUUUCACCCAAACAUCACUGGCGUGGAGGCAGAAAACCUGCUGUUGACAAGAGGAGUUGAUGGCAGUUUUUUGGCGAGGCCCAGUAAAAGUAAUCCUGGAGACUUCACCCUUUCCGUCAGAAGAAAUGGCGCUGUCACCCACAUCAAGAUUCAGAACACUGGUGAUUACUAUGACUUGUAUGGAGGGGAAAAGUUUGCCACGUUGGCUGAGUUGGUCCAGUAUUAUAUGGAACAUCACGGACAAUUAAAAGAGAAGAAUGGAGAUGUUAUUGAGCUUAAAUAUCCUCUGAACUGUGCAGAUCCUACCUCUGAAAGGUGGUUUCAUGGACACCUGUCUGGGAAAGAAGCAGAGAAAUUACUAACUGAGAAAGGAAAACACGGUAGCUUCCUGGUACGAGAGAGCCAGAGCCACCCUGGAGAUUUUGUUCUCUCUGUCCGCACUGGUGAUGACAAAGGGGAGAGCAAUGAUGGCAAGUCUAAAGUGACCCAUGUCAUGAUCCGUUGUCAGGAACUGAAAUAUGAUGUUGGUGGAGGAGAACGGUUUGACUCUUUGACAGAUCUUGUGGAGCAUUAUAAGAAGAAUCCCAUGGUGGAAACUUUGGGCACAGUACUACAACUUAAGCAGCCCCUCAACACAACACGUAUCAAUGCAGCUGAAAUAGAAAGCCGGGUUCGAGAACUAAGCAAAUUAGCUGAGACCACAGAUAAAGUCAAACAAGGCUUUUGGGAAGAAUUUGAGACACUACAACAACAGGAGUGCAAACUUCUUUAUAGCCGAAAAGAGGGUCAGAGGCAAGAAAAUAAGAACAAAAAUAGAUAUAAAAACAUCCUGCCUUUUGAUCAUACCAGGGUUGUCCUGCAUGAUGGUGAUCCUAAUGAGCCUGUUUCAGAUUACAUCAAUGCAAAUAUUAUCAUGCCUGAGUUUGAAACCAAAUGCAACAAUUCAAAGCCCAAAAAGAGUUACAUUGCCACACAAGGCUGUCUGCAAAACACCGUGAAUGACUUUUGGCGGAUGGUAUUUCAAGAGAACUCCCGAGUGAUUGUCAUGACAACGAAAGAAGUGGAGAGAGGAAAGAGUAAAUGUGUCAAAUACUGGCCUGACGAGUAUGCUCUGAAAGAAUAUGGGGUCAUGCGUGUUAGGAACGUCAAAGAAAGUGCUGCUCAUGACUAUACAUUAAGAGAGCUUAAACUUUCAAAGGUUGGACAAGCUCUACUCCAGGGGAAUACAGAGAGAACCGUGUGGCAAUACCACUUUCGGACCUGGCCGGACCACGGAGUGCCCAGUGACCCUGGGGGCGUGCUGGACUUCUUGGAGGAGGUCCAUCAUAAGCAGGAGAGCAUUACGGAUGCAGGGCCUGUGGUGGUUCACUGCAGUGCUGGGAUUGGCCGGACAGGGACGUUCAUUGUGAUUGAUAUCCUUAUUGACAUCAUCAGAGAGAAAGGUGUUGACUGCGACAUUGAUGUUCCCAAAACCAUUCAGAUGGUGCGGUCUCAGAGGUCAGGGAUGGUCCAGACAGAAGCACAGUACCGAUUCAUUUAUAUGGCUGUCCAGCAUUACAUUGAAACACUACAGCGCAGGAUUGAGGAAGAGCAGAAAAGCAAGAGGAAAGGGCAUGAAUAUACAAAUAUUAAGUAUUCUCUAACGGACCAGACAAGUGGAGAUCAGAGUCCCCUCCCGCCUUGUACCCCAACACCAUCUUGUGCAGAAAUGAGAGAAGAUAAUGCUAGAGUCUAUGAAAAUGUGGGUCUGAUGCAGCAGCAGAAAAGUUUCAGAUGAGAACACCCACCAAGACUUCAGCACAGAUAUAUGGACCUUUACCCUCUCCCUAAAAAGAUCAAGAACAGAUGCAAGAAAGAAUAUGUGAGAAUGAAUUUGAAUUUGGAAAGCUUGUGUUGUGGACCUUUGGAGAAGCAAAAUUUGAAACCAUUUAAAGACCACUUUAUUCUAACUCAACAAUACCUGAUUACCAAUUACUCAUUUCCUCAGAUAAGAAGAAAUCAUCUCUACAAUGUAGACAGUGUUAUAUUUUAUAGAAUUUUAUUUUAAAUUGAGGAAGCAGUUAAUUGUGCUCUAUAUUUUACAGAUGAUGGUGAUUCAAAUUCUACAUAUAUUGGCAUUUUCUUUUCUUUUUAUAACCUUAAAAAUUCAAUUAUUUUUCUCUUUGUGAGGGAUAACGGCACUUUUAAGAGGAAAAUGUUCUGGAAAAGGUGACAACAUCCUGUGGGAGUGAGAACAGUUUCAUUUAUCAUUGUUUAUCCAGUAGUGGAUAAUUCAUUUGAUGGCCUCAUUUUUUGGCUAAGUGAUAAUUAAGCCAGUGCUCCAGACCAUGAGAAGUCGACUGUCUACCUUUGCAUUGCCAUUAAAAAAUCGUGGGAAAAAAAAGAGUCAUGGAAACUUGGGAGAAUAGGCGUGUUUUCUUCUUAGCAGAUGACCAGUUACCUUCAGCCUGUUGGCUGAGGAGGAUGUGGUGGGAAAAUGUUUGUCAUGUUUUCUUUUCAUUUGAGUAAUUGUCUUGUAUUUAGAAAAAAGAAAUGCAUCUGUGGAGAACCAACUAGAGUCGUGAUUACCGAUUGUUGGUGACAAACCACCCCAAAACGCAGUGGCUUGUCCUUUUUUUUCCCCUCCUCACUAUUCCUCAGUCUGGGCUGGGCUCAGAUGAGCUGUUUCUGUCCUCUCGCUGGUGUCACCCAUUUGGUCAGCAGGUUGGCCAAAGACACUGGGAUGGUUGGGCUUUUCUCUGCAGUUCCAUGGGCCUCUCCUUCUCCAUGUGGCUCCAGUGGCCACGAGAGCACGGUAGCUGGACUGCUUACAUGGCAGCUCAGAGCCUGCAGGGUAUAAAGCAGGCAUGGCCAGGCCUUCUUGAGACUUAAACCCAGAACUUCUACUAUCCUCUAUUGAUUAAAGCCUCACAGGCCCAGCCCAGAUUCAGGAAGAGGAGAUGGCACAAGGGUGCCAAGUGGAGGUAUGAUUCACCACAGGGGAUGGGGGUGGGGGGCAGAGUAGUAGACUGUCAGAAUCAGUGCCACAGGAAAACAGCAAUAGUUAGCAAAAGUAGAAGCUGCUAGUGAUGUUGGGAAAUUGAAGCUGCUUUCAAGAGCUGGUGUAAGCUGGAAGUCAAACAGAGAGGGCCUUCUAGAAGCUCCCUGAACCACUUCUGCUGGCUCUGAGCAUAUUUUCUGAACCAUCCCUUAGGGAAAGUGGUCUCAUAAGGAUGGAUGUGUUUCAGGAGCAGAGCAUCUGAAAGCAGAACCACCUGUUGCUGUUGACCCACAGGAGGAGGUGAAUGUGGUGCUUUCUCCUUGCCAGUGGUUUCAGGCUGCGGAGAAGAAGGGGCAGUCCAAACAAGGCCGCUAAUCAGAUUGAAUUAGCAGCAGUUCAUUUUUGUUUUAAUCAAGCCGUAAGAUUUGCUACCGUUCUACCUGAAGUGCCUUCUCCAAAGACAUCCUCUUUGCCCCAUGUGUUGGAUCAUCCUUCACUGAGUGUGUUUCAGUUAAAGUAUCAUUGGUUGACAUUGUAAAGAUCAUAAAAUGCAUGGCAGCUUUGCUGUUAGCUUAUGGUCUCCUGAUGGCAGAUCCUUCUUGAUUUGGCUCCUGAUCCAGUCCUGGUAGUACUGAGGUCUUUACCUCCCAUGAAACCUUGAGGUAGUUUGAAGACUGCCUUCGCUGCCAUUUUCACAGACAAAAUGCACAUUGGUCCCCCUUGCUCCCCCUCCAUUGAACCUAGAAUUGCUUUAGAACACAGGUAUGGCCCAGAGGUAAUUACUUUCUGAGAGGAAGGUCAAUGACUACUGUCUUCUUGUCAAGCCUGGAAAGAAAGAGAUUCCAGUUCAGUAUUUGCAGCAAGGAUCUUGAAUCCUAUUCUUUUUCAUUCAUUGUCACAUUGAAUUGUUCUUGUUUGCCUUGAUUUUUUGUGGUAUAGUUUAGACUCUGGACUUGGGGGGCAAAGUCUUUCACCAGCACACAAGGGUUUGAUUGUACAAAUAUAUCUGCUACAUUAACGUCUCUGCCGGUAGCUUAAGAUCAAGUUGUUUUGCGCUUGAAACAGAAAUACCUGAUCUUGGCUAGCUUUGUUUGUUACAGGACAUUGAUUUCAUUUAGAUUUCCCUCCAUGAAGCCAGCAAACUAUCAUGUUAUGUGAAUUCAUGCCAAGAUAACAUUGUGGGAGUCCCUGGGUUGCUAAGGUUUGUCAUGUUUUUGGUGAAAGGUGAUUGCAGGUUCUCAGAUGAGGUUAUUCUCCAUGAGAUGAAAUUAGGAAGAGAGGCCAUGAAGAUGUGGGGAGCUGGAGGUGCAGGUGUUAAAAAAUUGUGGAAAUGAAAGUUCCAAAGAGGUGGUUUGUGAGGAGGUCAGAGUGCGUGGGGCCAGAGCAGUCAGUACUUGAAUAGGUUGAAUCCGGUAACCUGGCAAGUAGGUAUGAUAGAUACAGGGAUACAGUCUGCUUCUGGGCUGCUGGUAGACAUUAAAUUUGCACAAUAUCCCAUAGCUGGUCGAGUAUUUUAAAAAUUAUAAGCAUAGGGUUUUAUAUUUGGGGUGAAGAAAUUAUCUGGCACAUGGUAUUUGGGUUUUUUUGUUUUAUUGUUUUUUUUCUUUUUUUUAAAGCCAAAUUUCAGAGUCUUAAUAGUUUUUUUUACCCCCUUUGGUUAAAAAAAAAUAAAAAGACACCUCACCUCCAGUAUGUGACCCUCCUGAAAAUUAUGGUCCUCUCUCCCAUUGAAUCAGUGACUUUUCAGAUGUGGCUAAAUGGGGAUGAGCAAAUUGAUGUAUGAUUUACUUGGUGUUUGUACAUUCUUUACGGAGCCUUGUUGUUUUGGAACAGCAAAGAUUAUCAAGAUUAUUUUUAGUUUUUUUUUUGUUUUGUUUUGUUUUUACUGGGGCUCUUAAGAACUAAUAUAACAUCCUGGGUUAUUUCUAGUUCAGGGAAAUGUGGAAAGGUAUGCAAUUGUGAAGUAUUUUGUUGUAGCUUAUUAGUCCAUAAGGGGAAUUUAGGCCGUAGACAUAAGGACACACCCAGUGCAGUUUCUGUUUUCUGUUGUUGGGGGGAAAAAGUUUUCUAUAGCAAGCACAUGGCCUCCCUGAUUUCGAGAUGCCUUUAUUAGGAUCUGUAUUAGCCCUUAAUGUUGUGGAAACCUUUCUCCCUCUUCCUCUUGAAAGAUAAGUUCCAAAAUACAGUUUAUUGUAUCUUCCAUCAUUAAAAAGUUUGUUCUUUUUUUCACUAUGGGCAGUUCACACAAGGCAAAAAUAUUAAACAGUUGAUUUUAGUGUGUUAUAUAACUUUACUGUAUAUCAAACUAAUUUCUACAAGUUUUCAUCCUAAACCUCAAAUCAUGUAAUUAAUAAUUUGCCUGUUUAUUUAUGACAUAAUUGUGAUUCUUUUAUUAAUAAAAGCUAAUGGAAAAGGAUCCUUUAUUAAGCUGAUGACUAGACCUACAUUUAAUUUUCCUGCAGUAUAUGAAGUAUUGUACCAGAGUAUUAAAAGAUAUGUAAUAUUUUAUUGAUAAAUCUAUCCUUUAAAAGGAAUACAUUUUAGGAUGUCAUCAUUUUGAUGUGAAUCAUGUAAAUGUUGAUAAUAUGCACUGUUUAUUAUACAUUUAGUGUUUCAAAAGAUUCACUUAAUUGCCUUUUUGCCCACGUAUUAUGUAGUCUGUUUGCAAUUGUUUUUUUAAAAAAUGACAUGAAAAGAAUAGUUUAUGUAGAGAAGCAUUAGUGGAUGUUGUCUCCCCACCUGUAUUUAUGGGUGUUAGUUCAACUGCGUUGCUAGUUGCAAAGCCGUAUUAUCAGAGUAGACGUGUAUUUGUAAACUGUAUGGGAACUAAAAAUUAGGAAUAAAACCAUUUUCUUAUAUUA